ACACGUAAAGGAACCCAGUUCCCAGAAACGAAAGAGCCUAAUGUAAGAUGAGAGGCAUAGGUGGUCCGCUUCUAUGUAUUGGCGAUCUGCUCCGCGAUCUCGGAGACACUGACGGUGCUGCCCCUUCGCGCCAUCCCCAAACCCCUCUCUCGUCAUCUCCCUCUUCAGUUUCCAGCCCAAUGACACCCCUCAAUCCAAGCUUGGACCUCACCAAGCUCUUCCAGGAAGAGUACAACCACUUGAAUGAGGCUCUCUCUGGUACAGACCACUCAUGGACAGCUCUAACUCUAAAGUUUUGCUCUGCUCUGGAAACUGCAAACAAACUGGUCCAGUCGACCAACUCAAAUGUGAGUUUGCUAUCAGAGAUGGUUGGAGAGCUCGAGAAAAUUGUCAAGAGAGGAGACUCUGCCAUAGCAUCGGCCAAGGCCCUCCAUGUAUCUUUGAACCAAAAGCAAGGAUCAUUUACUGGCAGUCAAAAUAUCCGAUAGUCAUGGUUUUAAUAGUAUAAAGGUUCCUGAAAGUCCCCAUAUUGAAAGUGUUUUUAAGUUACUUGUCAGGAUUGUACAAAUAACAUCUUCUGUGUUAGAGGAUCUGAAA